AUGUCGCAACCACGAGAAACAGAAGCCAUCGCUCCAUGGAGUGAGCCCGCAUGGUGGACGGCGAGAGCAUCUCCUUAUUACAAUGAAAGCCAUCGACGACUUCGACAGUUUGUGCGAAACUAUAUCGAAACCCAUGUGUCGCCGAACGCAUUGGAGUGGGAGGAGAAAGGCGAAGCGCCUAGGGAGGAACAACUGAGAUGGGUGGCAUCUGGGAUUCCAUUCCAUGAAAUCCCCUACGAGUACCGACCAUCCACGGUGCCGGACCCGGCUGGGAUUCGGCUCGAGGAUCUCGACGUCUUUCACGACAUGAUCAUUCGCGACGAGACGAGCCGUAUUGAAGGCGGCGGCAUGAGUUCUCUAACGAGCGGAUCAGUUAUUGGAUUUCCCCCAGUCCUAGCACACGGCACCGAAGAGCAGAAACGUAAAUGGCUGCCGGGUUUGUUCAGCUUCGAGACUAGCUUUUGCCUGGGAAUCACUGAGCCGACUGGUGGUUCCGACGUCGGCAACAUCCAAACCACUGCCGUCAAGACUGAAGAUGGCAAGUUCUAUGUUGUCAACGGCUACAAGAAAUGGAUUACCGGCGCUCCCUGGGCGACUCACAUGACCACUGCCGUGCGCACGGGACCACCGGGCUCUGGGAUUGGGGGCGUCAGCGUCCUCGUCAUUCCUAUGUCGUCACCCGGCCUGACCAUUCGACGCAUCGCCAACAGUGGCAUGAAAGCCGGUGGCGCGAGUUUUGUGACGCUGGAUGAAGUGAAGGUCCCCGCCGAGAACCUCAUCGGCACUGAAGGCAACGGCUUCAAGAUCAUCAUGCACAACUUCAACCACGAACGGUUCAUCAUGGCCAUCGGCUGCAAUCGCCACGCCCGCACAUGCCUCUCCGAAGCGUUCGACUACGCUCACACGCGCCACACGUUUGGCAAGCCCUUGAUUUCGCAUCAAAUCAUCCGACACAAGAUCGUAACACUGGCGCGCCACAUUGAGUCACAUUGGGCCUGGCUGGAACAGAUUGCCUACAACGUGCAGAGUCAGCCUCAGGGUUGGCAAAGUCCAGAUAUUGGAGGCCAGCUGGCUCUUGCCAAAGUCCAAGGCGGCCGAAUUUUGGAAUUGGCGAACCGCGAAGCCCAACAAAUAUUCGGUGGCGCUGGCUAUCAAAGAAGCGGUCUUGGUGCCAGAGUCGAGCAAAUCAGCCGCGACUUGAGGAUGAUGGUCGUCGGCGGCGGCAGUGAGGAGAUCCUUCAGGAUCUCGCCUUCAGGCAGGAGACGGCCAUUGCUAAGAGGAAUGGUUGGAAAUUGUGA